UAGGGGCCUGCGGGGGAACGACGCGGCCCCUCCUCCCAGAGCGGCUGCAUUUUCCCGCGCGAGGUGCAUUUGCCGCUCGGGCCGCCGGGGGGGAAGCAUGGCGUCUGCCCUGGAGCAGUUCGUGAACAGUGUCCGACAGCUCUCGGCUCAAGGGCAAAUGACUCAGCUUUGUGAACUGAUCAACAAGAGUGGAGAGCUCCUUGCAAAGAACUUAUCCCAUCUGGACACUGUGCUUGGGGCUCUGGAUGUACAAGAGCAUUCCUUGGGCGUCCUUGCUGUUUUAUUUGUGAAGUUUUCUAUGCCCAGUGUUCCUGACUUCGAAACGUUAUUCUCACAGAUUCAGCUUUUCAUCAGUACUUGUAAUGGGGAGCACAUUCGAUAUGCAACAGACACUUUUGCUGGGCUUUGCCAUCAGCUAACAAAUGCACUUGUGGAAAGAAAACAGCCCCUGCGAGGAAUUGGCAUCCUUAAGCAAGCCGUAGACAAGAUGCAGAUGAAUACAAACCAGUUGACCUCAAUACAUGCUGACCUGUGCCAGCUUUGUUUGCUAGCUAAAUGCUUUAAGCCUGCGCUCCCAUAUCUUGACGUGGACAUGAUGGAUAUCUGUAAAGAGAAUGGAGCUUACGAUGCAAAGCACUUUUUAUGUUAUUAUUAUUAUGGAGGGAUGAUCUAUACUGGGCUGAAGAACUUUGAAAGAGCACUCUACUUUUAUGAACAGGCUAUAACUACUCCUGCCAUGGCUGUCAGUCACAUCAUGUUGGAAUCAUAUAAAAAGUAUAUUCUAGUUUCUUUGAUAUUACUUGGAAAAGUACAACAGCUACCGAAAUACACGUCUCAAAUUGUGGGUAGAUUCAUUAAGCCUCUAAGCAAUGCGUACCAUGAGUUAGCACAAGUUUAUUCAACCAACAACCCCUCAGAACUCCGAAACCUGGUGAACAAGCACAGUGAAACCUUUACUCGUGAUAACAACAUGGGACUGGUGAAGCAAUGCUUGUCCUCUCUUUAUAAGAAGAACAUUCAGAGGCUAACCAAGACCUUUUUAACACUGUCGUUACAAGAUAUGGCAAGUCGUGUGCAGUUAUCUGGACCUCAGGAGGCAGAAAAAUACGUCCUGCACAUGAUAGAGGAUGGAGAAAUUUUUGCAAGUAUUAAUCAGAAGGAUGGUAUGGUCAGUUUCCACGAUAACCCUGAAAAAUAUAAUAACCCGGCCAUGCUUCAUAACAUUGAUCAGGAGAUGCUGAAGUGCAUAGAGCUGGAUGAACGGCUGAAGGCUAUGGACCAGGAGAUCACAGUAAACCCCCAGUUUGUGCAGAAGAGCAUGGGAUCACAAGAAGAUGAUUCAGGAAACAAACCAUCCAGUUACUCUUGAAACCAACAUCCACCCUGAGUUAAAGGGGAGAAGCUGUCUCCUUGGCCAGUGGUGGUAGGAGGGCAGCAGGGAGGACCAAGCCUAUUUCACCUGGACACUAAGAAAUUAUAUUUUGUUUGACAUCUUCAGUCCUAUGUGCUUUCAGAAAACCAUUCUCUCUGCAAAGAAAAGAAAAAAAAAUCUCAAACUUUAAAGUCUGUUAUGGAUUUAUUUAUCCUCAGAUUAAUGUUGUUAUUGCAUUAAAUCUACCUUUUUGUUUUAAAUUA